CUCGAACUCUAUUGAAUGAAUUCAUAAAUAUAGUGAUAUCGUUCCACAACAGACCUCUCCUGCACUGUACCUCACUCUGAAACGUAUCAAAUAGAAUCUAUUCCACGAUAUUUCUCGCACACACUAUCCUGUAAUGCGGGCUUCUCCCCAGAUCCCCCUCGAGGGAAAUACACCUUUCACCAAUUAUUCAAACUGGAGGCUCAAAUGUACAGAUGGUGGAAGGCAUAUAUGGCACUAUUUAUCUGAUGAGGAAGCCAAGACUUGGCCACAGUCCAUUAUCGACAAAUACUGGCUUGGCCUUCCGACAGGCCUCCCAGCACUGCCAAUAGCGAAAGAUGCAAUGUCUGCAGCACGUAACGGCUUUUCCUUUUACAAGAAUCUCCAAGAUCCUGAUGGCCAUUGGCCUGGUGAAUACGGUGGACCCAUGUUUCUUCUCCCCGGACUGGUCAUUGGGUCAUAUGUGUCGGGCAUGGAUUUUACAGAGGGACAGAGAAUGGAGAUUAUAAGAUAUUUAAUCAACCGUGCUCAUCCUGAUGAUGGUGGCUGGGGAAUCCAUGUCGAAGGCGUAUCCACAGUUUUCGGCACGGCGCUCAAUUAUACAGUUAUGAGGCUCUUGGGUGUGCCAAAGAACCAUCCUCUUUUAGUGAGGGCACGAGCUCAUCUGCAUCGUUUGGGGGGAGCAACUGGAGUACCUUCGUGGGGAAAGUUUUGGCUGUCAGUAUUGAAUGUGUACGAUUGGGAGGGAAACAACCCCAUUCCUCCCGAGCUUUGGCUUCUGCCCGAUUGGUUGCCGAUACACCCCCAUCGGUGGUGGAUACACACCCGACAAGUAUAUGUGGCGAUGAGCUACUUAUAUGGGAUUCGCUUCCAGGCUGCUGAUAACGAGCUUAUUCUCUCUCUGAGAAAAGAGCUUUAUGUGCAAGACUAUAACACCAUCAACUGGCCUGAGCAGCGGAAUAAUGUUGCACCAGUCGAUAUUUAUGCACCUCAUACCACUCUCCUUGACAUUCUCAAUGGUGUUCUGGGCGCCUACGAGUGUUGUCUUGUCCCAUUCAUUAGAAGACGUGCUUUGAACCGAGCGUACGAGCUCAUCUGCAAGGAGGAUGAAAAUACGUCAUACCAGGACCUCGGUCCUGUGAAUAAAAUGAUUAAUCUCAUUUGUCGAGCGCACGUCGAAGGACCAGACAGUGAGGCAUAUCGGAUGCAUGAGCGAAGGCGCUUGGACUUCAUGUGGCUCGGCGCAGAAGGGAUGCUGAUGUGCGGUACCAAUGGCUCCCAACUUUGGGAUACGGUAUUCAUAUCUCAGGCUAUUGUGGAAACUGGUCUUGAUGCAGCGAUUAACGCACUACGCUGGAUUGACCAGUGUCAGAUACGCGAGAAUCCGAAGCAUUACGAAUCUGCUUACCGUCACAGAACAAAAGGCGCAUGGCCGUUUAGCACCAAGGAACAGGGAUAUACCGUCAGUGAUUGUACUGGAGAGGGUCUCAAGGCAAUUAUUUAUUUGCAAAAGCACGCUGAAGGAGCUCCCGAACUCGUCUCCAAUGAACGUCUAUGCGAUGCAGUGGAUACACUCUUGACCAUGCAGAACUCGAAUGGAGGUUUUGCUAGCUAUGAGUUGGUGCGUGCGCCGUCAAGGCUCCUUGAGAUGAUUAACCCCGCGGAGGUUUUUGGCAAUAUCAUGACCGAUUAUACAUACCCGGAGUGCACGACCUCAGUCGUGACGGCAUUGACGAUAUUUAAACAGUAUCAACCUGAGUAUCGAAGGAACGAGAUUGACACCACAAUUCGCCGUGCAAUUUCUUAUAUACACAAGUCCCAGCGAGCUGAUGGGUCAUGGUUCGGCUCCUGGGGCAUCUGCUUCACUUACGCCACUAUGUUUGCUCUCGAAUCCCUGUCUCAAAACGGCGAGACGUAUAAUUCAAGCGAGAGCGUAAAGAAGGCAUGCGAGUUUUUGAGAUCUAAGCAAAAACUAGAUGGCGGAUGGGGCGAAACAUAUAUGAGUUGCGUUUCUGGCGUGUAUACGGAACAUCCGGAAUCCCUCGUUGUGCAGACUUCUUGGGCCUUGCUCGGUUUGAUACACGCGAAAUACCCGAAGAGACAGCCGUUGGAACGUGCUGUGCGACUCAUUAUGACACGUCAACUUCCCGAUGGAUCAUGGGCUCACGAGGCGAUUGAAGGCAUCUUCAAUAAAAACUGUGCUAUUGCAUACCCCAACUUCAAAUUCAGUUUUACUAUUUGGGCGCUGGGCAAGGCGCACAAAUACCUUCAGACCAUUGAUUGAAAAACGGUGACCCCUUUAUAGUUACGCGCGAGACUCAUGCGACCUAUGUAUCGACUUGAGGAUUUUAUCAUUAUUGUACCUAUGACUGCAUGAGUCCUAUCAUCAAAGAUUCGGCAACCUCUUCCGACAAAAUGUUCUUUACAUCGAUCUCAUUAUCUGUGAUCCAAUCGUAUGCUUC